AUAUAGCCACCCCCUAGGCGAGUCCCGCGGAAUCCCGUCUUGUCUCCUCUCCCCCUCGAGGGUCCCCAGAGUCGCUGCGGACGGCACCGGCAUGUCGAGCGAGACGAGCGCUUCGGGGACCUCCCCCAGGGCCCCGCGUCCCGGGACCCAGAAGACAUCCGGCACGGUGGCCAAGAAGGGGGAGCGCGGGGCCAAGGAGAAGCCGACGAUCAACCUGCAGCAGGUGGGCGAGGAGGAGCCUAAGAACCCAGAGGAGUACCAGUGCUCCGGGGUGCUGGAGACCGACUUCGCCGAGCUCUGUACGCGAUCAGGCUACACAGACUUCCCCAAAGUUGUCAUCCGGCCCCGUCCUCACCCGACCUUUGUCCCUUCUGCCUCCGUGUCGGAAAAGACAGCCCUAGAGGAGCAGCGGUUGCUGUCGGGAUCCUGCAGCCUCAACAGCCUGGAGAGCAAAUACGUGUUCUUCCGGCCCACCGUCCAGGUGGAGCUGGAGCAGGAGGACCCCAAGUCCGUGAGGGAAAUCUACAUCCGCGGUUGGAAGGUUGAGGAUCGCAUUCUGGGUAUCUUUUCUAAAUGCCUGCCCCCUCUCAGCCAGCUACAGGCCAUCAACUUGUGGAAGGUGGGGCUGACAGAUAAGACCUUGACAACCUUCAUCGCUCUCCUGCCUCUGUGCUCAUCCACACUCAGGAAGGUGUCUCUGGAGGGGAACCCGUUGCCGGAGCAGUCAUAUUACAAGCUCAUGGGGUUGGACAGCACGAUUGCACAUUUGUCUCUGCGCAACAACAACAUCGACGACUACGGGGCGCAGCUGCUGGGCCAGGCUCUGUCCACGCUGCACAGCUGCAACAAAACCCUCGUCUCACUCAACCUGGGUUUCAACCACAUCGGGGACGAGGGCGCGGGCUACAUCGCCAAUGGCCUCAGGCUGAACCGCUCCCUGCUUUGGCUGUCCCUGGCCCACAACCGCAUCCAGGACAAGGGAGCCCUGAAGCUGGCCGAGGUCCUGCGCCCCUUCGAGCUGACACACAUCGAGGUAGUGGAGCGCCGGCGCCUCUUGCUGGAGAAGGGGACGCAGGAGCGAUUACGAUCGCCUUCCUCCUCUCGACACACGGACUUCAAAACCGACCGAGACAAGAAUCAGAUGGUAGGGGCGAGCAGUGCUGCACUGUCAGAGAAGACGGACAAGGUGCAGGCCAUGAAAACCCCCAAAAGCCUGGGCAAGAAAAAGGAGAAGUCAGGGGAAGUGGUCAAGAAAGAGGAGAAGUCAGGGUCUGGGCAGUCGCCUACACAAGGAACCCUUAAGAAAGAAGAUGCCUCAAAGGCAGGCAAAGGGAAGGCAUCCAUCCCUGAGCAGAAGCCAACCAAGGGGAAAGGGACCAAAUCUGGGAGCAAAGAGAAGCGGAGCAUCCUCCUGGAGUCAGAGCUCGUUGCUGAAACUACGGAGAUGGUCAACCCUCUCCUGGAGCCUGUGGCGCACCGAGAUGGGAAAGUUUACAUGCCUGGGAAUAAGGUCCUUCUGCACCUCAACCUCCUGCGGAACCGCAUCACAGAGGUGGGGCUAGAGGGCUUCCUCGCAGCAGUGCAGUACCAGGUGCAGUUCUCCAAGUCCAAGGUUGCGUCCAAGGGCCCGGUCGGGCUGCUCUGGCUGUCCCUGGCGAAGAACUACUUCCCCCUGCAAUGUCCUGCGUACACCAUGAUCCAGGAGCUGAUGCUGCCAAGGGAUCCCAUGAAUAAAGCCAGGCCCAGGGAGGAUGAGGCCCUGGCUUUCUCCAUGUAGGGACCACCCUGCCA